AUGGCUUGGUGGCAGACCUUCACAGGCCAUGAGUCUGACAUCAAUGUCAUCUGUUUCUUUCCAAAUGGCAAUGCAUUUGCCACCGGCGCAGAUGACACCACCUGCAGGCUGUUAGACCUUCGCACAAACCAGAAGCUCAUGACCUACUCCCACGACAACAUCAUCUGUGGGAUCACCUCAGUCUCCUUCUCCAAGAGCAGGAGGCUUCUCCUUGCCAGGUACAACGACUAAGUAAGUGGCUUCAACUGCAAUGUCUGGGACACACUCAAGGCUGGCUGGGCAGGUGUCCUGGCUGGUCAUGGCAACUGCAUCAGCUCCCUGGGAAUGACAGAUGAUGGCAUGACCAUGGACACGGGGUCCUGGGGCAGCUUCCUCAAGAUCUGUCUUCUUUAUUUCUUAAAAAAAAACAUAAAGCAAAAAGCCAGUUCUGUUGCAAAUGGUUGCUGUUGGAUUCUGAGGAAGGGAGAAGGGUGGGAGCGUGUCCGCUCCUGGAGGCCGUGCCUGGGGCCAGAGGCCACCCUGCAGUGUGGAGAACCCACCUACCACCAGACACCGGCCUCAGUCUCCGCUCCCUCUUCCCCUCCCCUAAACUCUCAGGGUGGGGUAGAUGGCUUCAUCCCAGUCUGA